CGCGUAUUCAUAUAAUUCGUUCAUUUAAGUUGUCAUCGUAUAAAUUCGAUGAUCAUUAUCAUGCCCGUAAAAAUUAUAAAAUGCAGCAUUUUAACAUCAAUUUUAUUGGAAAACAAUAAGUUUUAAUAAAUGUAAAAUUUGUUUAAAAUAGUUUAUAUACUCAGCUUUGUAAAAAUGAAUAAAAACACGAAAGAAAUGUCAGCGGCAGAAAGAAAAUUUAAGGCGGUACAAGAGAAAAUGCAACAAUCUGCGAAAAAAUAUACACAAGAUUAUGAAUCUUCUUCGGAAGAAGAAGAGUUAGAAUCAAACAAGAUUUUGGAUAAAAUUUUGGAAAAAUAUAUCGGAUUCGAUUCAACUAAUAAUUUGGGUAGGACUCAACAAUUUCUUGAAGAAUCAUUAGUUUCUGGAACACAAACUUGUUUAAUAUGCAUUGGUAGCGUGAAAAGAGUUGAUGCGAUUUGGAGCUGCAUUGAAUGUUAUUCAUUUUUCCAUUUGCUAUGCAUUCAACGAUGGUCAAAAGACAGCAUCGUUUCCCAAAAACGAAUUCAAGAAGAUCAGAAUAAUGGAAACGUGAGCAGAAAUGAAAAAUACUAUUGGUGUUGUCCAAAAUGUCGACAUGAAUAUACACAAACCGAAAUACCUACUGAUUACAAAUGUUUUUGCUCAAAAAAAGUUAACCCAACGUAUCAAUUAUGGCAACCACCUCACUCAUGCGGUGAAAUAUGUGGAAAGUUUUUAGUUCCAAAUUGUAAUCACAAAUGUUUGUUGCUUUGUCAUCCAGGUCCUUGUCCACCUUGUCCCCAAACAACGAAUACGUAUUGCCAUUGUGGUAAAGAACAAUGUUUUCGACGCUGUAGCAACAAACUUUGGAGUUGUGGAUCAAAAUGUGGAGCGGUUUUAAGUUGUGGGAGACAUAAUUGUACUAAAAAGUGUCAUGAUGGACCAUGCCCACCAUGUCCCAAACAAAGCCAACAGAAAUGUGAAUGUCAACGUCAGAUCCAACUUCGUGAAUGUGCUUCUCCAAAAUGGCAAUGCGAAGAAGUAUGCAAUAAAAUUCUGGAUUGCAAGAAACAUAAAUGUGAAGUGAAAUGUCAUGCUGGUUCUUGUGAGCCAUGUCCUCUAACUAAACCACGAGUAUGUUCUUGUGGAAAACAACAAUAUAUUCUACCAUGUACUGAAGAAACACCAACGUGUGGAGAUACUUGUGGAAAACUUUUGGAGUGUGGUCAACACCAAUGUUUGCAACGAUGUCAUCGGGAUAAAUGUGGAAAUUGUUUGGAGGUUGUAUUCAAAGUAUGUCGAUGCGGAUUUCAUAAGAAAGAAUUACCUUGUCAAAAAGAAUAUCUUUGUGAUACUAAAUGCAAAAAUAUUAAAGAUUGUCAGAAACAUUCCUGUAAUAGAAAGUGUUGUGAUGGGAAUUGCCCUCCGUGCGAGAAACCAUGUGGACGUGGAUUACGUUGUGGUUAUCAUAAAUGCACAUCAACAUGUCAUCAAGGACCUUGUUAUCCUUGUAGAUUAACUGUUAAAAUAAAAUGCCGCUGUGGUCGUACAACAAUAGAGGUCCCAUGUGGUAGACAGAGAAAAACUAAACCACCACGAUGUAGCUAUCUUUGCAAGAAUCGCCCUGAUUGUCAUCAUAAACAACGAGUUCCACAUGCAUGCCAUUUUGGUGAUUGUCCACCAUGUAAACAAAUUUGUGGUAAGCCGCAUGAAAAUUGUGAUCAUACAUGUCCAGCAUUAUGUCACUCUGCUGUGUUGGUCCAUAUUAACGAAGAUGGUGAAAAAAUAUCAACACCAUGGGAUAAAAAGAACAUGCAAAUUGCUCGAACAAGUUUACCGUGUCCAGAUUGUACCGUGCCUGUUCAAGUGACUUGUCUUGGUGAACACGAAAGUAUACACUUACCUUGUUAUCGAGCAAAAUCAACAACUUGUGGGCGACAAUGUGGACGAUUACUAGCUUGUGGAAAUCAUACAUGUACUUUCAAAUGUCAUGUAGUCGCAGGAAGUGAUGACAAUGUCCGGGCUGGCAGUAAUUGUGAGAAAUGUGAAUUAGGUUGUUUGAAAAAAAGACCAGAAGGAUGUAUACAUCCUUGCCCUAAACCAUGCCAUGCUGAUGAUUGUGCACCAUGUAAACAAAUGCUUCGUCCAAAAUGUCAUUGUGGAUUAACACAAGUUUAUGUUCGUUGUUACGAUUUACUCGAUCCUGAAAAGGUGGAUAUUUUGAAAAGUUGUGGAAAUCGUUGUCCUAAAAAUUAUAAAUGCGGUCAUCGUUGUAAAGCUAAUUGUCAUGCGGGUGAAUGUCCUGAUGAAGAAAAAUGUAACAAAAAAGUUAAAAUAACAUGUGAAUGUAAAGGAAUAAAACGAGAAUUUCAUUGCGAAUCUGUACGAAAAGGGGAAGCAAAAAUUGAUUGUAAUGCAGAAUGUAGGAAAAAAUUAGAAGAAUCCAAAAAAUUAUUAGAGCUGCAAGAAAAACAACGAAAAGAAGAAGAAGAACGUAAAAAUCAAAAAGAACUAGAGGAAUAUCAAAAGAAGUUUCAAUCUAAAAAGAAAUACAAAGAACGUAAACAAUUUACUAAAGCUGAAGAAGUUUCAUUUUUGCGAAAAUAUUGGUGGAUUUUUCUGGCUCUUACAGUGUUUUUUGGAAUAUUUCUAGUCUUAUAUAAAUAUUUAUAAAAUGUAUAAUAUUUUGUAUCGUAAUUAUUUAAUAAUAAAUUAUUAU